GGGUGUCGUCUUCUUACACCGGAGAUGGAGAAAUAAACCGACGAAGUUUUUUUCUUUUUAAGUGGAAAAAAAAAAAAAACAGUAAUCGUCGGACAACCGAAGCGAAAUCCCUAAUUUCCCAACACGAAACACCAAUUUCCCCAUUUCGAAACACAAACACGGUCUGGUAUGCCGAGAAAAUUCUCCAUUUCUACUUUUCUUAUACAUUUGUUUUGGUUGUUUCGUAUGAUUUUUUUUCUCUCUCUCUCUCUCACGUUCCCUCCCCUCACCCCCCAAAUAAAAAUAAAAUAAAAUAAAAAAGAUAAACCCUAGUUUCUUUCUCUCAGCCUGUUUCAAAGUUCAGAUUUUUACACUUAUAAAUCUGAGCUGAGCUGAUAUCGUUUGCAAGAGCCUCAAUGUCAGACGCUAGAGAUAAUGAUGACCGUGUGGAUUUCGAGGAAGGUAGCUACAGUGAGAUGGAGGAUGAAGUGGAGGAGGAACAAGUAGAAGAGUAUGAAGAGGAGGAAGAAGAAGACGAGGAUGAUGAUAACGCUGGCAAUCAGAAUGCCGAAGAACAUGAGGUGGAGGAUUAUGGUGAUACAAAAGGAGGGGAUAGGGAAGAUGGCCAGGAGGAAAUAGCUGAAGAUGAUGACAACCAUAUUGAUAUCGAGACAGCUGAUGAUGAUGAUGAUGAGAAACCAGCUUCUCCUAUUGAUGAUGAAGUAAAGGAAAAGUAUUCCCAACUUCUUUCACUUCCUCCUCAUGGUUCUGAAGUUUUUAUUGGCGGGCUCCCAAGGGAUGUUGGAGAAGAGGACCUGAGGGACCUUUGUGAAGAAAUGGGCGAGAUCUUUGAGCCAAAGAACUGGACUGAGGAUGAGUUUAGGAAAGUCAUAGAGGAUGUUGGUCCUGGAGUGGAGAACAUCGAACUCAUAAAAGACCCAACCAAUUCCACUCGUAACCGUGGUUUUGCAUUUGUUUUAUACUACAACAAUGCAUGUGCUGAUCAUUCAAGGCAGAAAAUGAUAGAUUCUAAUUUUAAGCUUGAGGGUAACGCUCCAACUGUGACUUGGGCAGACCCAAAAAGCUCUCCUGAGCAUUCUGCUGCUGCUGCUCAGGUGAAAGCCCUUUAUGUCAAGAAUAUUCCAGAGAAUACCUCAACUGAGCAACUAAAGGAACUCUUUCAGAGGCAUGGAGAAGUGACGAAAAUCGUUACGCCUCCUGGAAAGGGUGGAAAACGUGAUUUUGGGUUUGUCCACUAUGCUGAAAGAUCUAGUGCAUUGAAGGCUGUCAAAGAUACCGAGAGAUAUGAAAUCAAUGGUCACCCGCUAGAAGUUGUGCUUGCUAAACCCCAGGCUGAAAGGAAGCAUGACCCUUCUUCCUAUUCUUAUGGUGCUGCACCUAAUCCUGCCGCCUUUGUGAAUCCCACAUUUGGUGGUUUUGCUGCGCCUCCUUAUGGUGCUAUGGGUGCCGGUUUGGGUAUUGCUGGUAGUUUUGGUCAGCCAAUGAUCUAUGGUAGAGGAGCAAUGCCAACAGGAAUGCAAAUGGUUCCAAUGCUUCUUCCCGAUGGCCGAGUUGGCUAUGUUCUGCAACAGCCUGGUAUGCAGAUGGCGGCACCACCACAACGACCCAGAAGAGUUGACCGGAAUAACGGCUCGAGCGGAGGGUCAGGCCGAGAUAACAGUCAUGACCAUGAUGGUAACCGAGGAGGCCGAAGGUACCGACCCUACUAGCAACCAUAGAGAAAAUAAGCAAGUAGAAAAAGAAAAAGAGGUGUAUUGGAGAUUUGUUUGUAGUUUGUUUCUUUGGAGAACUUUGAAAGCUCUCUCUCUCAUGUGUUAUAAAAUAUGAAAUCGAAACCUCACGGUUUCUGGUUUGAUAUGGAGAUUGGUGAGGGGAUAGUGUGAGUGAUUUGAUCUUAAAUUAUGAGACUUUUUUUUUCUCGACUGAAUAAUACUCUUCUCAACCA